AUGGCGCAGACAUCGGCGAAAAAAGGCACUAUAUCUCAAACGAUACCUUUGGUUAGGAAAAAGAAUUUUCCGCGAGUAAUUCACAGUCACGAUCACGUGGUCGUAAAUUGCGUCGUUCGACACCACAAACGUCUCAGACCGUUAAAACUGAUUCAAUUGAAAAGCUACUGCCGAACAAUGUACGUCAUUCGAUUAUCACUUCUGCCAAUUCGGCCACACUUGAAAAUCAUUCUUCGGCACCUACUAUUUUCGUUUACUGUAACCAGAUGA